AAAAUAAAAUGAAAUAAAAUAGAAUAGAAUAGAAUAAAAUGAAGUAAAAUAAAAUAUGAUGAAAUAAAAUACAAUUAAAUUAAUACAUACAUCAUCUUUUAGGAUGUGUGCUCUGUGUUUAAAACAUUAUAUCAAGUUACUGCCCGUCUGUCAUCACAGUCUGCUGACCGACUGCAGGCUCUCUCGCGUUCCUUAACAUACUGAGCGCGCUCCCGCGAGGUGCCUGAACUUCUCGGCAGGCACGCGCCCACAUAAACACCGGAUAGCUCGAGCUACAAGCUACUAGGCUAAGGCCACGUGACAUUCCUGCGGGAUCAUGUGACCGAGCUACGUCUUCCUCGCUGCCGUAAACUUUCCCCCUGCAAAUCCCAAACAAACGAACAUGGCGGACUUUGAGGAGCGGCAGAGUCUACUGGGAGACGAGGACGAGGGCUCCAGCGGCAGACACACAGCCGGGGGAGACGGCAGACCCCUGCUGGCCAUCUGCGACCCGAGCCACCUCCUGCACCGAGUGGUGGUCCUGGUGUUUAUGUGCUUCUUGGGAUUCGGAAGCUACUUCUGUUAUGACAACCCAGCUGCACUUCAAACUCAAGUCCUUCAGGAUCUGAACCUGAACACUGCAAAGUUCAUGGAGCUGUACGCCUGGUACUCCUGGCCCAAUGUGGUGCUCUGCUUCUUUGGGGGGUUCCUGAUUGACAGGGUUUUUGGCAUCAGGCUGGGAACCAUCAUCUUUUCCCUCUUCGUCUGUGUUGGACAGGUCAUAUUUGCUACUGGAGCUUUAGUGAAUCGUUUUUGGCUCAUGGAAGUUGGACGUUUUGUAUUUGGUAUCGGAGGAGAGUCCUUGGCCGUGGCCCAGAACACGUAUGCAGUCAACUGGUUCAAAGGAAAAGAGCUAAAUCUGGUGUUUGGGCUUCAGCUGAGCAUGGCUCGCCUGGGCAGCACAGUGAACAUGAACAUCAUGGGCCGGGUCUACAGUGGUGUCGCAGACCUCAUUGGCUCUCCUGGACACACCACACUGGGCGCAUCGCUCAUGAUAGCUGCUGUAACCUGCCUGUUUUCACUAAUCUGUGCCUUGGUGUUGGGAUUCCUCGACAGAAGAGCAGAGAGGAUCCUCCACAAGGAACAGGGCAAAACUGGUGAGGUGAUCAAGCUGACAGAUGUGAAAGACUUUCCCUUCCCCCUGUGGCUCAUCUUCAUCAUUUGCGUGUGCUACUAUGUCGCCAUUUUCCCCUUUAUUGGACUGGGACAGGUGUUCUUCAUUGAAAAGUUCAACUUCUCCCCAGCUGAGGCCAGAGCUGUCAACAGUAUUGUGUACAUCAUCUCAGCCCCUGCAUCUCCACUUCUGGGCCUCAUGGUUGAUAAGACGGGAAGGAAUGUGAUUUGGGUAAUGAUCGCUGUGGUCGCCACGCUCGCUGCUCACAUGAUGCUGGCCUUCACCUUCUGGAACCCAUGGAUCGCAAUGUCCCUGCUGGGUGUCUCCUACUCCUUACUGGCCUGUGCGCUGUGGCCCAUGGUGGCAUUCGUGGUACCUGAGCAUCAGCUGGGGACGGCCUAUGGCUUCAUGCAGUCGAUCCAGAACCUGGGACUCGCUCUCAUUGCCAUGGCAGCAGGAGCCAUCCUCGACACCAAAGGAUACCUGAUUUUGGAAGUGUUUUUCUGCAUCUGUAUCUGCUUUGCACUGAUGGGAGUGGUGACACUGUACUUUGUGGAUUAUCUCAGAGGAGGAGAUUUGAACCGGUCAGCUGCAGCCAGAGCAAAACUCCAGAAAGAAGCCACUUCAGAUGCAGAAUGAUGAUGAUGAGGGAACACACAUAGUCCUAGGCUUGGAGCCAGCAGGCUGCACUGUCCACCCCCAGAGCUGUCAAUCAACUGCCAUGGGGCGGGACUGCGCUACUGACUCCACCCAGUGCUGUCACCUGUGACUCUUCCCAUCAGAACUGACUGUCUGGCUCCAGCUAUUACAUAACCCACCGGGUAUUAAUAGCUUAUUAUGUUCCUUUGAGGACACUGACAGAUGACACAGAUCGACUGACCUCCCAUACUGACUUCUCUGAUAUUCACUGUCCACUGUGUUUGUGUGUGUGUGUGUGUGUGUGUGUGUGUGUGUGUGUGAGUGAGUGUGAAAUUUUAUUACCGAAAAGAGUUAAGAUGCUUCAAAAGUGUUUUGACUGUUUUAAAUGUUCAGCAAAAGAUAAGACUUAUAUCCUGUGGAACGGUGCCUAUAAAUAUUUUUUGAUUUUAUUACAUGCGAAUGUAACUUAUAAUACGGGGUUCUGAUAAUGGAAUUGUUCUAAAUGUAUAUAGGACUUUGUGGAUGUUUUUAAAUGGUUUUAUGUUUCUUUUUACAAAUUGUUUUCAGAAGGACUCUUGUUACUUGCCUGAUUGCAUUCAACUCAGCAUUUCAUUUAUGCACAUAUCAGCUGUCAGCAUUCACAAUAAUUGCCAACCAAAAUCUUCCUUACUGGACUUUGCUUAGUGAGUUCGUAUUCAAUUUUAAUCAUAUGCAUCGUUGACCUUUUAUGGUGCAGAAUCUCAGAAAGAGCAUGGCUCUUUAUUGUUUAAAUCUUUAUUGCUCAAGUUUUUUUUCUUAAUUCCUUUAUCUGCUCUCGGCUGGUUUCGGAGGUUCAUAAAGAUUUAUUUUCUGUUGCAUCAUCAAAUGGUACAUUACUAUAAUGAUAAGUAAGAUAAGAGAAAGAGAGAGCCACACUUUGGAAAGCAUUUACCCGUGUAAUGAUAUUCACAGUUUUAACUUUUCUUACACACUUUUAUUAAUGUGACCUUUUAAAGAACCAGUUCCCUUAUGAAUUAUGUUUUGUAGACGGUGUUUUGUUCUUUUAUCAAGCUCAGGUAAUUUACUUUUUGUAAGCACUGCCCCCAAAUUGUUGCUUGCUUCAUUUGAACGAUGUGACAGAAUAUCCAUGCACUCAGUUUAACUCUCACCAUUCCAGUAAUGUAGGAAGAGAUUUAUCUCCCUGUGUUGUUAUCAGGGUCACAGACUGUGUCUGAUAAACACUCACUACCUCAGUUGGGCAAAUUAGUAUUUGAAAUAUUAAAGGAAUACUUCACUCACAAAAUGAUCAUUCGUAUAUUAGUUGCACACCUCCUGUUACGUUGGAUUUGUGAAGAAAAUUGCCUGUACGGUGAACAAAGAAUCCAAACCAGUUAUAUGCUCAGUACUCCCCAAACAGGCAGCCUUGUCUGACGGGGAGCUGAACUAAAAGUGAAAUUCAUCUUUGCUCUCCUCAAAGCCAGACUUCAUUGACAAAAACAGUAAUUUUUUCCUCGUUGAACUCUGGAGCUGCCUUUCUGUUUAGGGCCUCGAUCAGUUAAUUUAUUUAUGUUAUUUUGUGACUGAAGUGUUUUAAAGUUUCAGUUGGAUUCACCAAAGUAACAAAACAAUGCAAACAAGCUAACAGAUGGAGGCAGUGGUAGAGCAGCAGCUGCUGUGUUCUGUGAGGUAAAAUUACUGUUUUUGUCAGUGGAGUCUGGCUUUGAAAAGAGCAUAAAAAUUUCACUUUCCAUUCAGUUCACCAUUGGAAAUGUAAUUUUUUGGGGAAUACUGAAUAUAUGAGUGGAUAGAUUAGACUUGUGUUAUACUGCAUGAGUAGUGUCAGAUUGUUAAUUAAAGUUUUGAUAUAGUUUUGCUGUUUUAAAUGUGGCUUCCCUUAAAUUCAUCAAGAAGUCUCCCUGUUUUUCGAGUCUUUGUUCAAUGUGGAGGCCUGCGAGAAAAGUUUUCAUUAAGAAUCCAAUGAAACGUGGUGAGCAAUCGACAUACGAAUGGUCAUUUUGCGGGUGAAGUAUUCUUUUAAGAGCAACUUAACACCCCCUGAGAAUCUUGUUUUUUCUGACAUCCCCCAAUUUAACUUUGGUCUUGCUUCAGUGAUGCAGAAGUGCACUAUUAAACUUCUUACUAAACCUGUCAGUGAUGCUGCAGGUGAUCAGAGGUGAAACAGACUCGGAACUCUUACCCAGAGAGGGCAGUUCAAUCUGGUGUUAAGUAAAAUUUGAAAGAAGAUGGUCAGUAGCAUUGAGUUAAAGCAUUGUGUUUGCACAUUAACAGCCAGAGACAUACUGCUCUCCUCACCUGUCACUCAUGUGCACUGUGGUGUUGAGACAGCAGGGCGGUCUUUGCUUUACUGAUAUUUGUGUUAACUGUUGUGGAGCUGUGGUCAAGAAAUGAUAGGACUGAGAAAUUACAGAAGAUCCAUUGUACAAUCAAAGACAAUGAGAUUUGAAGGACAGUCACAGAAGAAACCUUUUUGUAGAACCAAAUCACAUUUGAUACCAUAUUGUUAAUGGAAGAAUGGCAUUUAAUUAAACACAUUUUUUGAAAACCCUUGAA